AUGGCUAAUAUGGACAAACAGUUACUGACCUAUCUAACGUCAUACAAAUCGAUUGAGGAUUACACUGAGUGUAUUGGCUUUCAAACAAAUGAAGAUAUCUACACUGCUGUCAUUCAUAAAAGUGUUGAACUGCAGCGGACUUUAGACCUUCAAAAGAAAAGCAUUGAAAUGAUCAAACAAACAACUUCACGUCUUCAGUCUCAACUCGACCAACUUUCUUUGUCUUCCAACAUAAAUAUUUCCCCACGUCUUCGGUCCUCAACGCCGUCAAAUGUCGCUUUCAGAACUCCACGACAAAGUCAAGAAGUGAAGUCGUCGCUCUCGGACACUUCAGAGAGUUCAAGUGACCUUCUCAGUGUCGAAAUGAUACAAAAAAGUCCCAUCGCCAAUUCAAAGCAAAAGCCAACAUCGACACUUUCGACUAUUCAAAAAUCUUACGACGAGUCCUUUCAACCUUCCAAUGAGAAAAAAGACGCGAAGAAUGUACUUGAACAAAAGGUGAGUACACGAGAGAACUCAAUUUUAACUAAAAAUGACGAAAAGGCAAACCAACAAAAACUGCCGGACACCUUUAGCGUCCCAAUAAAAAAGCGUAAACCACACCGACGCACAUCUUCCGUUGAAGUGUCGAGAGACUACGAGAAUUGA